AUGGAAAUACACUGUAAGCACGACCCGUUUGCAUCCAUGCAUAGACAUGGAGGAGUGAAUCAGCUUGGGGGGGUUUUUGUGAAUGGACGACCACUCCCGGAUGUAGUCCGCCAAAGGAUAGUGGAACUUGCUCACCAAGGUGUCAGGCCCUGCGACAUCUCCAGGCAGCUUCGAGUCAGCCAUGGUUGUGUCAGCAAAAUUCUUGGCAGGUAUUAUGAGACAGGGAGCAUCAAGCCGGGAGUAAUUGGAGGUUCUAAGCCAAAGGUUGCCACGCCCAAAGUGGUGGAGAAAAUUGCCGAGUAUAAACGCCAAAAUCCCACCAUGUUUGCCUGGGAGAUCAGGGACCGGCUGCUUGCCGAACGGGUGUGUGACAACGACACGGUGCCCAGCGUCAGUUCUAUCAACAGGAUCAUUCGGACAAAAGUACAGCAACCACCCAACCAGCCGGUCCCCGCUUCCAGUCACAGUAUAGUGUCCACGGGCUCCGUGACGCAGGUGUCAUCGGUGAGCACCGACUCGGCCGGCUCCUCGUACUCGAUCAGCGGCAUCCUGGGCAUCACAUCCCCCAGCGCGGACACCAACAAGCGCAAGAGAGAGGAAGGUAUUCAGGAGUCACCUGUGCCCAAUGGCCACUCAUUGGGGGGCAGAGAUUUCCUUCGGAAGCAGAUGCGGGGGGACCUGUUCACGCAGCAGCAGCUGGAGGUGCUGGACCGUGUGUUUGAGAGACAGCACUACUCGGACAUCUUCACCACCACGGAGCCCAUCAAGCCUGAGCAGACCACUGAGUACUCAGCCAUGGCCUCACUGGCCGGAGGGCUGGACGACAUGAAGGCCAACCUGAGCAGCCCCACCCCAGCCGACAUCGGGAGCACCGUGCCUGGGCCACAGUCCUACCCCAUCGUGACAGGCCGUGACUUGGCGAGCACGACCCUCCCUGGGUAUCCUCCACAUGUGCCCCCCGCUGGACAGGGCAGCUACUCGGCGCCCACGCUGACAGGGAUGGUGCCUGGGAGUGAGUUUUCUGGAAGUCCCUACAGUCACCCUCAGUAUCCCUCGUACAACGAUUCCUGGAGGUUCCCCAAUCCGGGGCUGCUUGGCUCCCCGUACUAUUACAGCGCCGCCCGAGGGGCUGCCCCACCCGCAGCCGCCACCGCCUAUGACCGCCACUGA